AGUGCAUGUAGCGCGCGAAAUUUGGCCCCGUGCCCCGAGAAAACAGCAGGACCUUUGCAAGGGAGGGCCGGUGGGGCGGUGAGGCUGGUGAUAGGGGCCAAUUAUAGCCGCAGACUCGCAGCUUGUGCCAGUGCUCACUCUGAAUCGGUACACGCACCUCUCGGCCCUCGGACAACCCUCUCGUCAUUAUAUCGCUCGUUACAAUUAGCCGCGUUUGUAAUACUUUCGUCCCUGCAUUGUGCUCGGUCCGUUUUUAAUUAGAUUCAAUGUCACGAAGCAGUAGACAAUCAGCAGGGUCUCUUUGAUUCGCUUCCAAGCCUGGUCUCAUUUUUCUUUUCGAAUUUUCAUUUACGACUUAACGACCGUUGACUUUUAUCGACGAAUAUUCCGCUUGACGCGCAUUCUAGCCAGUGCAGUGCCUGAAAAAGCAGCUUGGUGAGUGGCUCCAGAAAAGUGCACCGCCAUGAAGUGCCUUUCAGUGCAGCCCAUGCGGCCGCCGAUCGACAUGAACAAUCAGUCCGAGCUGAUCAAAGGACCGGAGCUCGUGCGAACCUCCAAGUUCUACAAAGAAGCCAAGGACGGAAAAUUCGUUCGUCACCUUUUCUCGGACACAAAAACUCUCUACGACUCUUUCAGACGCGGUGCUAAGGAAUCAAAUAAUGGUCCUUGCCUCGGUUGGCGAGAUGGACACACGAAACCGUACCAGUGGCUGCACUACAACGAGGCUCUCCUCAGGGCCAAGAACUUCGGCUCAGGCCUGGUCGCCCUCGGUUUGGAGGCGAACCCACACACGUUCGUCGGCAUCUACAGCCAAAACUGCCCCGAGUGGGUUCUCACCGAGCAGGGCGCCUACUGCUAUUCCAUGGUCAUUGUGCCCUUGUACGACACACUGGGCCCUGACGCUUGCUCCUACAUCAUCAAGCAAGCGAAUAUUAAUAUCGUCGUGUGCGAGGACGACUCGAAAUGCAACCUCCUUUUGGACCGUCCACCGAAAUGCCUGACGCGUCUGAUCACGAUGAAAGAGGUGCGUCCGGCCACGAAUCAGCGGGCGAAGAACAGAGGCAUCGAGAUCCUCAAGUUCGAGGAGGUUGAGCGCUUGGGCGCCGCCCAGGACAAUAAAGAAGUCCCACCGAAAGCGUCGGACGUGUGCACAAUCUGCUACACUUCAGGCACGACCGGCAACCCCAAGGGCGUGAUGCUGAGCCACGAGAACGUGGUGGCCGCCGUGGCCUCGGUGAUUCUGCAGUUGGGAGACCACAAAAUCACGAGCAGCGACGUCAUGAUCUCUUUCCUGCCGCUUGCACACAUGCUCGAGCGAUGCUGCGAGAUUGGCAUAUACACCGUGGGAGGCUCGGUCGGCUUCUUCUCGGGCGACGUGAAAAGACUGUCUGACGACAUGAAGGCGCUCAAACCCACCGUCACGCCUGCGGUGCCGCGACUGUUGAACAGAAUUUUCGACAAGGUGCAGUCGGACAUCAGCAACUCGUUCAUCAAACGGACGCUGUACAACAUGGCCAUGAGCAGCAAGGAAAACGAAAUCAGAAGAGGAAUCAUCAGGAGAAACAGCUUGUGGGACAAACUCGUCUUCAGAAAGGUGCAGGAGGGCAUGGGUGGCCGACUGAGACUGAUGAUCGUUGGGUCAGCGCCUCUGGCCGCCAACGUUCUCACCUUUACCAGAUGUGCCUUGGGAUGCCUGGUUGUUGAAGGUUACGGUCAGACCGAGUGCGUCGCCCCCGUCACCCUGACUGUGCAAGGUGACUAUAUCCCCGAGCACGUCGGACCGCCCGUGGCCUGCUGCUCGGUCAAGCUGGUGGACGUGCCAGAAAUGGAGUACUUCGCGGUGGCUAACCAGGGCGAGGUCUGCGUCAAAGGCACUAACGUGUUCCAAGGCUACUUCAUGGAGCCCGACAAGACAAAGGAGACGCUCGGAAAGGACGGCUGGCUGCACACGGGCGAUAUUGGCAUGUGGCUUCCGAACGGAACUCUGAAAAUCAUCGACAGGAAGAAGCACAUAUUUAAGCUGUCGCAAGGAGAGUACAUUGUUCCUGAGAAGAUUGAAAACAUCUAUAUCCGCAGCCAAUAUGUCCAACAAGUCUUUGUCCACGGAGAGUCGCUCAAAUCAUGCAUAGUGGCCGUGAUCGUGCCUGACGUGGAGGUUAUCAAGCAGUGGGCGACAGAAAACCACAUCGCCGGCACCCUGUCCGUGCUGUGCGCCCACCCUGAGGUGAAACGUUUAAUCAUGGACGACAUGAUCCUGUGGGGAAAGGAGGCUGGACUCAAGUCCUUUGAACAGGUCAAGGACAUCUACCUGCAUCCGGACCCAUUCUCUGUGCAGAACGGACUGCUGACGCCGACGAUGAAGUCGAAGCGGCCGCAGUUGAAGAAGUACUUCAAGCCGCAGAUCGAGGACAUGUACGCCAAACUCAUCUAGAUUCGCAUCAGUGGUGGACAGUGGGGAGGGAGACUCUUUGGGGGAGAAGAAGCAGCCUUUUGAUACUUAAGUGAUAGACGAACGGGGGUAGAAGAAAGAGAGCGGGCGCAAUUUAGUCAUGGACUUGAAGUAGAGGCAGGUUUGCCUGCCGUUUUCCCCUUUGGAUUGAAAUCUCGUCUGUGCUUGUGAUUGGUUUCGAAUGUCUGGGAAAUGUACUCGCGCGUGGAUUUUCACGGUCAAUUACUCACGCCACGUUGUUGUAUCUCCGACCUUUUAAAAACCGUAACGCAAAAAUGUAAUAAUUGAAAUGCGUCUUCUGUCUUGUAUAAUAUGUUGAUUGCGAAUCACAUUCCUAAAUAUUGAUAUUGUUACACAGCUUUCUAUUUUUAAAGUAGAAGUCCUCUACGACCCUUGUUGGUUUUCACUUAUCCUGUACAUUUUCUCACGUAGAAGAUUGUUGAGCAAUUCCGAAUGAUAUGAAUAAUUAACACGCAGACAAAUAAUAAUACUUACAGCAAGCAAAUUAAGGUUUAAUUUUGUGACGUGGAAAGAGAGCGCGUAAAUCGUUGGGUCUGUAAUUGGAUUCUUUUCAGUGACAUUUUUGCCCCCUUGCAGCGAUUUUGAAGUUUGGGUUUUGAAUUAGUCGUCAAUGGUUGGUAACAGAAAUAAUGAGAAAUACAAAUAAGGAGUAGUUGUGUCAGAAGAGCUCACGUCUGGCUGUGCAGAAUUAUUUCAGUUCAUGACAUCAACAUGAAAAUAGUUUCUCCUUUUUUGGUGGUUGGUAAUUUUUAAAUCCCUAGUACGUGAGAACGGUUAUAUGCAUAGCAAGUUUUUUUCGCCUUACUUUUCCCAGUCCCAAUGUACACCCAAAAGUUUCAUUAAUAAAAAAAGUACUCGUAUAUAUUGUUCUUGACCAUGCGAUAUCAUUUUUACGCCUCGCGUUGAGGCGCUGACUGAUGAGAAUCAGUACACAAAAUGUAGUGUGCGGCAACAUGUGAACCAAAAACAAGAAAACCAAAUUCCAGUUUGCAAACUGUCAUUUGUGGAAAUCAACCAAUCAUUCUCGAGUAACCUUAGUGUAUAUCCGCAAAAUUUAAUCUGUACCAAAUCUUAAUAUCAAGUCUCCUUAACGAGUAGAGAAUCAAACGGUCGCAAAGCUGUUUUAGUUAUUUACCGUGUAAAUAUUUUGUGAGCGCAUUAGAGGUAAUCAGUUGUUGGAGCUUUGACGCACCGGGCCGUUUAACAAUGUGUGGACUGCAGAUUCACUUGGAACAACUUAUAACGGAGUGCUAGUCAUGACUUCUUACAAGUUAGAGAGCGAGAGGAGGCACUUGGUCUGAUCGCAAUAAAAAAAGUGAAACCUAAUUGGCCUCUUGUUACUACUUAUAGCACUGUCAUUGUUGAUAGUUUGAAAUUAUUGAACUCGGCCAGCAGGCAGGAUGCUUGGCACUGUGCGUUGGGAGGCUUCCGACGUUUUAUCAAAAUACAAUACAGUCCAUCCGUGUGUGGCAAGUACCCAGUGAAAUGUUCCCAAGAGCUGAGUUCUGUUGACGAUUUAUUAAUAAAACUUUGGAAACUGUUGAA